AAUACUUUGUCCAACACUGUAAGACAAGGCCACGUAAGAAAAACAAAAAAAAACUUAAUUUUUCGGAACUAACCUAAAAUAAGUUUUGUAUCAACAUGUUGAAUACAAUUCUGCGUCUGAUUUUGGUUAUCUUACCAGUCUGCAAUUUGCAUUCAAUUCAUGGAUUAAGCUUGGUCGUACCUGAAAACGAAGAUGAACCUUUUGUCUGCCCUGUGGAACGGGGUUAUUUCCCCCACCCAAAGAACUGCCAUCAGUAUUACUUAUGUUUCCAAAGCAAACCCUAUUUAGAAACGUGUCCUUCUGAUUUACUGUAUCUUGAGAGUGAAGCAAUGUGUGAACUUCCUAAUUUUGUUGAUUGCGGUGACAAAAUAAAUCCGACAAAGACUUCAAGCACUCAACAACCAGGAAAGACAAGCAGUAAAACCCCAUACUCAACAAAAACACCAUUCAUAUGUCCCAGCUAUUACGGAUUAUUUUCUCACCCCCGAGAGAAAAAAUAUUUUUAUCAAUGUGCACAUGGUUUUCCACACUUGAAAUUAUGUCCUUCAGGGCUAGAAUUUGACCCCAAUCUAAAAGUUUGUAAUUGGCCUGUCUAGAUUAAUGGAAGAAUAUAAACAAUGAAGUAAAAUUUAGAUAUCAAAUUACACAUAAACGAGACAAAAGAUAUUUUAAAAUGUUCUCGUAGGCUGCGUUAUUUUAUUUUUUAUUCUUUGAAUUUCGUAGAAAUUUGUUUGGUUUUUGAAAAUAUCCUACAAAAUGUUUGUAAAAUGUAACACGACUAUUUAAGUUUCAUUUUUUCUCAAUUUUUAAAAAUGAUAUAAAUCCAUCUUUUACAAAAUUGACUAUUUCUAAACAUACAACUUCGAGUAGAUGAAUUAAAAAAAUUAGUCGAAAAUUGAUACACGAAAGGAGUUCACGGAUUCGAAACUACAUUUUCAAUGUUAAGCUCAACGAAACACGUAUGCCAUAGUAACAGUGAAUCCAAAUCACGAGCUAAGAAUGUAUUUUAUUAAUUUUUAUUAUAACAGAAAAAUAGAAACAUUUAACUAAAUUUCUCAACUGAAAUUACAAGAGUUAUUUUUCAAAAACGUUUUGAUUUGAUGAAAAUUAUUUAACCUAAUUUGAAGUGAUCUCAAUGUUACUUAUAAUUUUAAACAUUGUUACUAAUGAAUAAAAUGUGAAUUAUUUAACCUAAUUUGAAGUGAUCUCAAUGUUACUUAUAAUUUUAAACAUUGUUACUAAUGAAUAAAAUGUGAAUUUUCUGACAUUGA